AUGAGUUGGGCAGGGUUCAAAAAGACUGUGAACCGGACUACGGUCCAGGUCAUGAUGAAAGCCGGCCAAAUCGAAAAAACCAAUGACCGCGACUACGAAGUCGAAGAGCGCCGCUUCCGCACCAUGGAAGCCGCCGCUACAAAACUCCAACGCGAAGCAAAAGGCUACCUCGACGCCCUACGAGCAAUGACGGCCUCACAAAUGCGCAUCGCCGAGACCAUCGACGCCUUCUACGGCGACGCCGGCACCCGCGACGGUGUCUCCCGCUCCUACAAGCAAGCCGUCGAGGAGCUUGACGCUGAGACCAUCAAAGCGCUCGACGGGCCCUACCGCACAACGGUCCUCGAGCCCAUCUCGCGCUUCUGCGCCUACUUCCCCGACAUCAACGAGUGCAUCAAGAAGCGCAACCACAAGCUGCUCGACUUCGACCAGAUGCGCGCAAAGGUCAAGAAGCUGGUCGAGAAGCCGGAUAAGGACCCGGGAAAGCUGCCGCGCACGGAGAAGGAGGCCCAGAUGGCAAAGGAGGUGUAUGAGGGGCUCAAUGAGCAGUUGACCGGCGAGCUGCCGCAGCUGAUUGAUCUGAGAGUACCGUAUUUGGAUCCGAGCUUUGAGGCGCUGGUGAAGAUUCAGUUGAGAUUUUGUGCCGAGGCGUACUCGAGGAUGGCGCAGGUGCAGCAGUUCCUGGAUCCGAACACGAGGGAGCAGUAUGCGCAGGGCCAUCUCGACCAGAGGGUCGAGCAGGUGCUGCAGGAGAUUAGAGACUUGAGUAUUGCGGGCGCUUCUUAG